AUGGGCCCCUGUACCGCCUCCUCAUGCUGCUGCCAGGCCCGUAAUCUGCCAUGGGCCCCCGUACCGACUCCUCAUGCUGCUGCCAGGCCCGUAAUCUGUCAUGGGCCCCUGUACCGCCUCCUCAUGCUGCUGCCAGGUCCAGAGUGUGUCAUGGGUCCCUGUACGGCCUAACAUUGCUGCUGUCUCCAUCGCCACACUCUGCCAUGUGCCACUUUCAGGUCUCCUCACACUGCUGGUGGGUUCCAUUUUGUCAUAGGGUGCUGUAUGGCCUCCCAUUGCUGCUGCCUCCACCGCCACACUGUGGCUCCACACUCUGGUUUUGGCCCCGUGACUGCCCAAAUGAGUGAAGUGUGCGGUGAUUCUAAGAUCGACGGCACUCAUCUGCAUGUCAUACUGACUGACAGUAUUAUUUCUCUUCCCCAGCAGACUCCAAGGGCAUUUAAAUUAAAGGUACAGUGUUCUGCACUAAUAUAA